AUGAAAGGUGGUUCAUCAAUUAUGAAACGAAUUGCCGAAGGUGUAAAACAAACUCAUAAUACAAGUUUAUUAGAUAAAGUUUCAUCAGUUUUAAGUCCUUUAAUAUCAAAUAAUUAUAUACCACCAACAUUAACAUCUGUUAAUGGAUAUCGUGCUGGUGUGGUGUCUCAUUAUCUUCAUAUUGUUCGUUAUCCAGUUGUAUCUGAUGGUAUAUUAUUUAAAAAACAACAAACAUUUAAUCGAUCAAAAAUUGUUGAACGUGCAGUACAUGCAUGUGAUAGUGGAGCGUUUGGUUAUUUUGAAGUAACACAUGAUGUUUCAUCAUUAUGUAAAGCUGAUUUUUUAUCAAAAUUUGGUAAAACAACACGAGUUAUGAUACGAUUUUCAAUAACAACAUAUGGAUGA